AUAAAUCUUUUGAUAUAUAAGUCUGCGAUAAAUACUUAUACACGAAUGGCAUUGCGAUCACAUUCACAGCAGCCACGAUGAAGCAUAUAUCAGUGUUGUUUGCCGUGUUGGCUAUUGUCGGUUUGGGACAAGCUCAUCAGUUCCCAGACUUCGGCAGCGGUCCUCUCCACGAGGAUGUCCAGGACUUUUUGGACUUAGUCCCUACUAAAGAAAUUAACAAAAUCGCCUUGGACUACAUGUCAGAAGAUUCAGAAGUUCAAGCCGCUCUCAAUUAUCUUCUAACUACGACCGUAUUAAAAGACCUGAUGGUAGAUUUGGAAGCCAUUCCUGAAGUGAUCAAUCUUAUGAAUUAUAUACAAAAGGGAGGCGUUGAUAUUUAUUUAUUAGUAAACGAAGUUAACAAAGCUCUCGGUAUCGACAAACUCGUACCUCCUUCUCAUUCGUAUUCUGAGAUAAUACAAAGAACCGGAGGACUUGCAGGACUUUUCAAAGACAUCAAGAAAGUAAUCCCCUUUAACAAGUUUAUUCGCACCUACGUGCAAAAGAUGAAAACCUCUUCAGCUUUCGUCGGCCUCAUCGACCAACUCAAGUCCAACAAUUUCCAGCAGGUCGUGAACAAAAUCUACCAAAUUAAAUCCUUCCAGAUCAUUGUGAAUGGGCUCAAAACCAGGGGAGUGAAUACGCAAAUCGUAGCGGACGUCAUGUAUAUAGUCCUUGGCAUCACUGUACCGAACGAUGUUUCUGUCCAGGAUCGUACGCUCAAUGAAGAAUUGAUGGACUUUUUGCAACUUCUUCCGAUAGAGCAAAUUGUUGAUAUAAUGACCAAGUAUGUAGAAGAAGAUGAAAAAGUACAGAAUGCUCUGCAAUAUCUGUUUUCAUCUGACUUUCAAUCCAUGGCGCGCGAAGCCGAAGCUCUUAAAGAAUAUCAAGCACUAAUAACAUAUUUAAAGAAGGCGGGAUUGGAUAUUGAUGUUGUCAGAACAUUGUACGAAGUCAUUGGAAUGAAGAAUUAUGUGCCGCUUAAAAUAGAGACCAUUUUUGAAUCUCAAAUUGGUAUGCAAAAAAUCGGUGAUGGAAUGAAAGGAAUGAUCAAAGAUAUUUAUGACAUAAUACCUUUUGAUAAGAUUGAUGCUCUUUACAAGGAGAAACUGCAGACUUCCAAGGUCUUCCCUGAUUUUAUCAAAGCUAUAACGUCCCCGGAAAUGCAGAAAAUUAUCGAUGAUCUGUAUGCAAAUCAAACUUUUAAAAAUUUUGUCAUGACAGCUAGAGAACAUGGAUUGGAAUUUGAAGAAAUGACGAAACUUCUCACUAGAAUAUUUGGCCUUAAAUUCCCGUAUAUCACUGUCCUCAACAUCACUGUACCGAACGAUGUUUCUGUCCAGGAUCGUACGCUGAAUGAAGAAUUGAUAGAUUUUCUGCAAAUUCUUCCGAUAGAGCAAAUUGCUGAUAUAGUGACCAAGUACGUAGAAGAAGAUGAAAAAGUACAGAAUGCUCUGCAAUAUCUGCUUUCAUCUGAAUUUGAAUCCAUGGCGCGCGAAGUCGAAGCUCUUAAAGAAUAUCAAGCACUAAUAACAUAUUUAAAGAAGGCAGGAUUAAAUGCUGAUGAUGUUAAAGCAUUGCACGAGGUCAUUGGAAUGGAAGAUUAUGUGUCUCCUAAAACAGAGAGCAUUUUUGAAUCUCAAAUUGGAAUACAAAAGAUCGGUGAUGGAAUAAAAGGAAUGAUCAAAGAUAUUUAUAACAUACUACCUCUUGACAAGAUUGAUGCUCUUUACCAGAAAAAAUUGCAGAAUUCCAAGGUCUUCGCCGAUUUUAUCAAAGCUCUAACGGCUCCGGAAAUGCAGAAAAUAAUCGAUGAUCUGUAUGCAAAUCAAACUUAUAAAAAUUUUGUUAUAACAGCCAGAGCACAUGGAUUGGAAUUUGAAGAAAUGAUGAAACUUGCCACUAGAAUGUUUGGCAUCAAAUUUCCAUAUCUCCUGGAAUUUCGGGUGUACGUGAACCUUGUUGACGAGUUCCCGGAAAUUCGGGGACUUCAAUUGCGCGACAAAAUCUUGGAACACUUUGAAAUUUUGCAUCUUGGAUUUGUAGAGCGCGAUAAGUUGAUCCUCAACGGAAUGAAUGACGGCUCUGACGUCAUCGAUGUAUUCGCGAAUCGCAUAUCCACCAGUGAUCUGUUUAUCAUUGACAUAGAUGACCUGCGUGAGUCCGAACCAGUUGUUCAACAGCUUGUUCUGCAACUUGUAAACGUCAAUACCGGCGUUGUAAAGAUGAAGUUUAUAUCAGUAUUAUUUGCCGUCUUGGCCAUUGUCGGUCUGGGACAAGCUCAUCCGUUCCCGGACUUUGGCAGCGGGCCUCUCCACGAGGAUGUCCAAGAUUUUUUGGAUUUAGUUCCUUCUCAAGAAAUUAGCAAUAUCGUUACGGAUUACGUAUCGAACGAUCCGGAAGUACAAGCCGCUGUAAGUUAUCUUCUAACUUUGACCGUAUUAAAAGAUUUGGUGGUAGGUUUGGAAGCUAUUCCUGAAGUGAUCAACGUUAUAAAUUAUGUGCAAAAGCAAGGCGUCGAUGCUUAUUUGUUAGUGAACGCAAUUAACAAGGCUCUCGGUAUCGACGAACUCGUGCCGCCUUCUUCUCAUUUCCGUCCUGUGAUACAUAGAACCGGUGGACUUGCAGGACUUUUCAGAGACAUAAAGAAAGUGGUUCCUUUAGACAAGUUUAUUCAUACCUACGCGCAAAAGAUAAAAACUUCUUCAGCUUUCGUCGGCCUCAUCGACCAACUCAAGUCCAACAACUUCCAGCAGGCCGUAAACAAAGCCUACCAAAUUGAAUCCUUCCAAACCAUUGAAAAUGGACUCAAAAGUAGCGGAGUGAAUACACAAAUCGCAGCUGAUAUCAUGUAUAUAGUUCUCGGCAUCACUACACCGAACAAUGAUUUUGUUUACCAAGAGCGUACGCUGGAGGAAGAAUUGAUGGACUUUGUACAACUUCUUCCGAUGGAAAAUAUUGUUGAGGUUAUUAUCAGCUACGUAGAACAAGAUGAAAAAGUACUGAAUGCUCUGGAAUACAUGUUUUCACCUGAAUUUGAAUCCAUGGCGCGCGAAGUCGAAGCUCUUAAGGAAUAUCAAGCUAUAGUAGCAUAUCUGGAGAAGAAUAUCGAUGCUUCUGUUUACCAAGAGCGUACAUUGGAGGAAGAAAUGAUGGACUUUGUACAACUUCUUCCGAUAGAGCAAAUUAUUAAUAUAGCGAUCAAGUAUGCAGAAGAAGAUGAAAAAGUACAGAAUGCUCUGCAAUACCUGUUUUCAUCUGAAUUUGAAUCCAUAACGCGCGAAGUCGAAGCUCUUAAAGAAUAUCAAGCAAUAGUAGCAUAUAUGGAGAAGAAUGUAUUGAACGUUAUCAAUUCUGUCAAAACUAUUGGAAUGCAAGCUUACGUACCGCAUAAAAUUAAGGGCAAAUCUCAAAUUGGAAUACAGAAGAUUGGUGAUGGAAUGAUAGGAAUGAUCAAGGAUCUUAAUAACCUUCUACCUACUGACAAGAUUGACGCUCUUUUCAAGGAAAAAAUGCAGAAUUCCAAGGUCUUCGCUGAUUUUAUAGAAAAGUUAAUAUCUCCAGAAAUGCAGAAAUUAGCGGGAGAUCUAUUGGCAAAUCAAACUUAUCAAAAUUUUAUUAAUACGGCCAUAGAAAAUGGAUUGGAAUUGGUGGAACUGGGAAAACUUAUCAUUAGAGUAAUCGGUCUUAAGAUAUAAGUUUAUAAAAUUAGUAUGUGUAAUAUUUUGAAAGCACACGUUUUAAACGUGUCUUUUUAUGUUGUUAUAUGUUGAUGCUAUUGAUAUUGAUUUGUUAAUAAUAAUAUAAUAGAAUUCUUGAAUCAAGCAAUAAUUUUUUUUCAAAU